UACCGGAUAGGAUUUAUCUCCCUCCCUCCGCGCGCUCUCCGUGCUCGACAUGGCCACGGUCGCCGCCGUCCUGCCGGCCUGCGCCGCCGGUCCCCUCUCUCGAGCGGCCACCCCGCUCCCGCGGCGCCUCCUCUCCGUCCCGUCCUCGCCCGCGCGCAGUGGCAUCUCCCGCGCCUGCAGCCUCGUCGGCGGCGGCGCCAGCGCCCGCCGCGCGCCGACCGUUCGACGGAACGCCACGGCGGAGAUGAUGGUUCCCUACGUGCCGGGAUCCGGGAAGUACAUCUCGCCAGACUACCUCGUGAAGAAGGUGUCGGCCAAGGAGGUGGAGGAGCUGGUGAGGGCGGAGAGGAAGGUGCCGCUUAUCGUCGAAUUCUACGCGACCUGGUGCGGGCCCUGCGUCCAGAUGGCGCAGGACAUCGAGAUGCUUGCAGUUGAGUAUGAGGACAAUGCCCUAUUUGUGAAGGUGGACACAGAUGAUGAAUAUGAAUUUGCAAAAGAUAUGCAGGUAAGAGGACUUCCGACGCUGUAUUUCUUCAGUCCGGACCAAAGCAAAGAUGCCAUACGUACCGAGGGGCUAAUUCCAAUGGAUAUGAUCAGAAACAUCAUUGACAACGAGCUAUGACAGCUUGGAGGCGUAUAGACACAUCACACAUAGGCAGUGUUUUAUGUUUGUAGCUGGUGAAAUUUUGUCCUGGGACCUAAGGGGUUUAGGUAUUAAGUUUGUUGUGCUGUAUUUGGCUCUUGUAUUGCUCCAUUACUAGGGUUUCCUGUGUGCAAAAUCUGCAGGUGUAGCAUAGGAUUCGCACUUGAGACUCACGACUAAGUUAUUCUGCUGUGUCUCCAUUUUGUUUUGCGUCCUCAUCAAAGUUUAGACCAGUUAUCAUUUUGAUCCCUCAAAAUGGUAAGUUGGCUUUGGCUCA